AUGGUGAUAAUGGUCGAAAUCCUAGACGAAUCCGAACCGAAGCCGUUCCUUGGCGGCUGGCGCGACGCGGUGCACGAUAUCGAGUACCACGACGCCGUCGCCCAAACGAGUAUCAGCACCAUCGGCGCACAGGAUAAGCCGUGUGCCGCCGCUUCCAAUCGCUGCCAGGACGACGCGGAAAAAUCCCGCUCGGUCUGCGUGCAAACCAUCGUGGAGAAACGCACGGUAGCCACGAGCGCGAACUCGAGAGUGUCGAGGUCCGUUCAAGCCGAUCCAGGUUAUCGCUCGAUUCCGGUGCUGGGAGAGAUCGUCAUCGAUGUCGACGAGCUCAAGAGGAGGCGCGAAGCCUCCAGCAAGAUACAGCGAUGCUUCAGAGCUUACCUGAAAAGGCGCAAUAGACAAAAUCGAUUAACGGAGAAAAACUCAAUAAAACUCUACUGUCCAAUUCAUGGUAUGACUGUUAAAAAGCUCGAAAACCAUCAACAUCAUGAAAAUGCAAAUUACCCAUCGGCAUCUCAAGAACUUCAUCGAGAAAAACUAUCACCUAAGCCAAGCUUAGAGUUAUGUCACGUUCACGAUAUUGGAGAAUCCGAGAGCAGCAACGCUGAUCCAGUUGAGGAUCACAAAACAACAGAUAUAAGUGCAUUACGAGCACUGAUCGAUCGCUGUUGGCGUGAAAUUGACGAAGAGUCCAAGCAAAAAAGCAGCGAUAAAGCGGUGACCCAUCGAGUCGCUCAACAACGUCGUUUGCAGCGGGAAAUCAAUAUUUUACGCGUCAUAGAGACCGCCAAGACUCAAAUGGUUCGCAGAAAAGACGAGUGGAACCGGGCUAAGUUUUUGGAUGAACUCGCCAAGCCCGUCAUUUUGGAAAGUGAUUUGGCGAAACAUAAAAGAGCGACCGAUCAAUCCAACGCUAUGAACGCGCAAUUCGCCAUUGAAUAUCGUAAGAUUUACAAUACCCUGAUGCUCGAUGAGGAGGACGACGAAAAACCUCCGGAUUACGAGUCCAAUCGGGUGGAGACUUUGUAUUGUUUAAAAAAAUUGGCUUGCAGACACACCUGCGCAGCUUCCAUCAGUCUCGAAAACCUCAUCGACCAGGAAUUAUUUCUCUUAUCUCUAAAAGUCGAUCCUAAACAGUUACGAAGCUUGAGGAGUCGCAUAAAGUUGGGAUUCUUACGCUUGGCUCGCAGCACCUUGAAGCACGACGUUUCUGUACCGGCGGUGCCGAAGACGCGCUGGUGUCCGUCGUGCACUCGAGUGAGGCGCCUCGAGGCCUUCGAGUUGGAUCAUCGCGAGAGGCCAUCGAGAUUAUGCAUCGAUUGCAAAGCUCUGAGGGCUCGUAGGCGCGCUGCAGUCGAGGCGAAUCAAGUGCCAUCCGAGCAGUACGAGAGGAUGCUCAAGGAGCUCAGAAGGAGCGAAGCUGCAAGGCCCGACGGCGCAACCAGUCUGGCCUUCGCUCUAGGACCCAACGCCAUUCGCUAUCUCGUGCGGGAUAUCUGGCACGGCAGAUCGGCCAUCUCGCAGAGCAAUCAGGCGGACGAGCUGUGCCUGGCCAGGCUCGAUCCGCAUCAGCCCUGGUCGCCUUGGAAUUGUCUGCUCGCGACGAGGCGAGAGGCGCGCAUGCACGAGGCUCUGGCUCGCGACAAUCUCCUGGCUGGCGUCUAUGAUCAGGAAUUGCUCAGGAAAUUCCGACGCAUGAAUAUGCAGGCCAGAUUGUACUUCGAAACUAUCGGCAAGCCAGCCUAUUCCUCGAUUUUCUCGUAA